AUGCACACGAAGCGCAAUCUUCCCCUACUAAGCAUUGCCGCGGGCUACUUUUGCCAUUUGGAAUACGCCUCUGGUGGCACCCUCCCGACCUCACUUCUCUCCGGCAUGGCGUCCAUUGCGCGGGACUUUAUCCGGGACACAGAGUACGGCAGCGCUGAUGGGACGACAGGUAGCGAAUCUCUUGAUGAUAUUCUUCGGCAGCCAAUGACGAUUUCGCCGCAACUUCGAGACCCUUUGUUAGGCUUGGGAGAGCCUGGUCAAUCAGAUGAUACCUUUGCAGCUAACCCGGGAUUAGAGAAUCUCUCUGACCCUGUGGACAAUUUGGAUCUGUCUUCGUUGGAUAGGUUAUCAGGUGGCGUCGACUUCAUGGAUUUGUUUGCUGGUGGUUUCGCAGACAGUAUGCAGUACUACUCGCAGCACGAUCCCGCUUAA